AUGAGUGAUGUUGACACUGUCCCCUCCCUGCCAGCUACCCUGGAUGCCGGACAAAGCGCUCUUGCGGUCAAGGUGAAUAGCCGGUCUCCCUCGGGACCGCCAUCCCCAAAGAGAACAUCGCCAUCUCGAGUUCUCAACGGAGGUGAUGGCCCCGCAGAGGAGAUUGUUCCCGUUGCCGGGGAGGGCGAUGGGCCACCGAGUCCUAGGGCUGAUUCGGAGGCAGAAACCAUAAUUCAAUCGGGCCGAGAGUCUUUAUCGCCAGAGAAAAGACGGAAGUAUAUAAAGCAUGAACCGAGACGACGUGAUGAUGGAAAUUUACAUGUUGAUGACAUGGUACCAGGCCUGGCCCCUGAAGAUCUGCGACGGGGAAACUCCCUAAAUGGCGGUUCUCCCAGCGAAUGCGACCGUGACUUGCGCCCAUUGAGCCCUCCCGGAAGAGCCAACUCCCCCGUGUCUAUUGUGAAGUUAGAGAAGCCUGAGGAGUCGCUGUCCGUUCCAAGGAAAUCGGAGCCCCCCUAUCCUUCGGUUCCCGCGCCCAACUCGAGAAAGCGUAGUUUCAGCGAAACCAUCGACGGCGAAGAAGGACCGGUUCGUCAAGACAGUUCUGCCCCCGCACAUGACAGGGGGCGGAAGGAGCUGAACGGCGUAACCUUGCCUCGUCCUAUAUCCAAUGAUCGUUCAAUAUCGCCUAUCCGGUCCUCCCAUAAGCGAACGUCUUCGGGCCACCUGGUGAAUGGUGGCAGCGAUCCGCAGAGGAAGAAGAAGGCUCCUACGCCACUCAUCACUGGCUUUCAAAGGCAGAGUUCGGAAGAUAGGCAGUCUGUGUCAUCUUCAACAAGUGGUUCUCCGUUACCCAGUGCACACAUUCGCAAACUCGGUUCUGUCGACGGCGCUUCGGCUUCCCCAGCAAGACCUACGGGCUACAAGAAACAGCGUGACCAGAAUGGGCGAACACGCUUGGCACGUGCCUGCGCGGCGCAAGAACUGGAAACGGCAAUGACUAGGCAUGCAGAACGCCCAGAGGAUUUGAACGUAGCAGACAAUGCUGGCAAUACCCCGCUGCAAAUUGCCUCCCUUGAGGGUUGUGCUCCUAUUGUGAAAUUUCUUCUGGAAGCUGGCUGUGAAAUUGACACCAAGAAUAUCGACAAGGAUACUCCGUUAAUCGAUGCGGUUGAGAACGGACAUUUGGAUGUUGUGAAACUCUUGCUGGAGGCGGGUGCGAACCCUCGUACCGUGAAUGCAGAGGGUGAUGAGCCCUACGACCUGAUUCCGACGGACUCGGACGACUACGAAGAGAUUCGGCGAGUGUUAGCAGAGGCAAAAGCAGCCGCUAGGCCUGGCCGUCGUUCAGAGGAGCGAGCUGGGUCCGACAACAAAGAACCGCCCUCGCGACGCAUUUCAGCCGAGAGUGCUCGCGACUCGCCCCCUGCGAACAGGCCGCGUAGCCCUCCUCUCAACACCACGACGAAACGAAAGACUGUUCGAAGCGAGGCUACCCGAAACGACCUGUUGUGGACCACGGCAACUCCGGAGAAUCUACAAGCCUUUGCCGCCAAGGGCGAUUUCGUGGGAGUUGCCAAUAUCUUGAAUGUGGGACAGAAGGCUGAUACCGAGUCCAUGAUUGCUGCUGCUAAAGGGGGUCAUGACGAAGUGGUUUCCCUCUUGCUUGGUAUUGGGGAUGCAGACCCUGACCCUGACCCAAUACAAGAUGGCUCUCAGAAGCCAGGUUACAACACGCCCAUGCUCGCUGCUAUUGGUCGGGGUAACCUGGAAGUUAUCAGGAUCUUGCUUAACCAACGCCAGUUCAACCCGACACGACGACUUUACAGAGAUCGCACGUAUUUUGAGCUGUCCCGGGAGCGCAGGGCAGAUAACUGGGAGGAAGAAUAUGAUCUUCUACGGGAUGCAUACGACAAUCACAUUAAAGCCAAGAAGCACCGGAGGGCGGAAGUUUCGUCACCCCGACGACACCGUGAUAGAGAACGGGAGAACAAGCGAUCUGGACGCAGAGACUCGAUAUCUCCAGGAACUCGACCUCGAAAAAUGAUCGGCAGCCCGGGCCACCGAGACACCGCUUCUAAGGACGCAGCUCUUGCGAAGGAAAAAAGGCGAGACUGCAUGGCUCAUGCCAAAGAGAAGUCUGUUCGUCCGAAACUAUCCCACCGGCCGAGCGAGGGUUUGGCUGCUGGCCCUGAUCCUGACGGGUCUCGACAUGACCCACCUAGGUCCAAGCUAUCUUUAUCGGCUAAAGACGGAGAAUCGGGUGCUACUGGGCGUGGGGACGAGGCUCCUAAAAGAAGACGAUUGAUCGCCGGACGUCCCCCUCAAGAUCGCGACCGCAGAAGGCCUAGUUUACCGUCGUCCGAUUCUGUGUCAGGACGGGAGGAGAAUCCUAGACCACGUAUGGAUCAUUCUGAACCUGGUACCAAGUCAGGAUUGAAACGUAGACAAGGCAGCGUGAGCCCUGAACCCCCUCGCUCUCGUGACUUGGAGGCACUCAAGAAAAAACGGCGGGUCUUGUCCGAAGACGGGACGCCUAACAAUACUAACGGAGCGCCGAAGAAGUGUCAAGCGGCAACAAUAGGAGACAUCAAAUCUUUGCGCCAGGAGGACGGCGGCGAUUCACAGUUGGACCCUAGUGCUGCUGUUCUAGGGGAGCCCGAGAUGAUAGCUCACAAGCCACCCGAACGAAAACCCGUGAAAGAAGAGCAUGAGAAGCACGAGGCACAUGACUUGGACGAUAUUCCAAUGGAGGAUUCUGUGAGCCCCACUGCGAAGGCGGAAGUGGAGGCGGAAGCUCGGCGACAGAAGGAGGCCUGGAAAGCGAAACAGGAACAAAUAGCGGAGGAAGCGCGCUUGGCCGCUGAAGCCGAAAAGGCUCGACUUGAAAGGGAGGAGGAAGAACGGGCGGCUCGGGCAGCUCGCCAUGCUCAAGAAAAGGCUGCGGAAGAGGAACGCAAGCGGCGAGAGGCAGAACAGCGGCGGAUCAGGCAAGCUGAAGAAGAGCGCCAGAAACGUCUCGAACAAGAAAGGCUUCGUCUUGCAAAACUGCGCAGGGAGCAGGAAGAACAAGAACAGCGACGGCGUGAUGCGCUACCAAGCAGACUUCGAGAUGCGGCCAAUUUGGUUGGGUCAAACGACCCUCGGGCGCGGAGCCAUAUAUGGUUGAAGAAGUUUAUGCCUGUGGUUACGGCUGAGACGAGACAACUGGAUGCUUCUUGCGCACCGGAUGUUGCGGAUGAGAAAUGGGUUCCAAACUACUUGGUGGCACCGUUAUUGGCAACAAAUGAUCUGCAAUUGUCGCAGUAUGCCAGCUGGGAGAAACGGAAUGCGACACAGACACAGCGGAUGAAUCUAUGGCGGGUCACACGACGAAUGCUUGUUCAAGCGGAUGACACGGAAUUCAUGAACUCGUCCUUUGGACAGAUUAUGCGCCGGGAUAGUGAGACACGACCCAAAUACUUCGAUAUGGAGCAUGUAUUUUGGGUUCGGCUUUCCGACUUCAUGGAUCUUGUCCCGCAUGUUCCACAUCUGCAUGGGCUCGACAUCCAGUUUCUGAAGAUGCACAUUGAUCAGGAACCGUCGAUGGCGCCUGCAUUCGAUCUACCGCAGCCCAAUGGGCAUGUGGCGGGACCUCCCUUGUCGGACGGAGAAGAGACCAUUUCCAACCCCCCCGUCGCAGCCGCCGAUGAGGUCGAAGUCUCAGCUGACGCUGGCGCCGGCGGCCAGAUGUCCGUCCUGGAUGCCCUGAAGGGAGUUUUGCGCAUCUCUUUGAUCCACGACGGUCUUGCUCGUGGACUCCGCGAGGCGGCCAAGUCUCUGGACCGUCGCCAGGCGCACAUGUGUGUGCUCAACGAAGGCUGCGAAGAAGAGGCCUACAAGAAGCUCGUGGUGGCUCUUUGCUCUGAGCAUAAGAUCCCUCUCAUCAAGGUCCCCGAUGGAAAGAUGUUGGGCGAGUGGGUUGGUCUUUGCCAGCUCGAUCGUGAGGGUAACGCUCGUAAGGUCGUCAACUGCUCUUGCGUCGUUGUUAAGGACUGGGGUGAGGAGUCCCAGGAGCGUUCCGUUCUCCUCAACUACUUCCAGACUGAGCAGUAG